CGAAAAUUUGUCGAGUAAGCUUUAACGCGAGACUAGAAUUUAAAUUUUCAACCCCUUCGAGCCGCUUGUACUUUUACACAUAAACGAAAAUUUCGCGUAAUUUUUUAUUUCCUCAAAAAACACAAGUGAAACCGGUGUAGUAAUUUAUAGUAUAGUAUAAAUUUUUUUAUGUACAGGAAAAUGUCUGAAGCGAAAUUUACAUUCUUAUUAAUUGCAAUAAUUUCCGCAUUAAUUGGACAAAGAAUCAGUCUCAGCGAAGCAAGAUAUUUACCAACCAGAUCACAAGAAGAUAGAUUAGUUAAACUGAGAGAAUUACUGCAAGAUUUACUGAAACCGGAAGACAGGGGCGUUUUGCAAAUGAAAGACCACGCCGCGAUAUUCGGCAACGGAUAUUUCACUCCGGAUGAAUACGCAGCAGUUCAAGAUGAAGGAUACGUAGUGCCUUACGACAGACGUGACGCUGAUUCGAGAAUGGCGCGUAAUUUUUACAGACAACAACAAAUUACCAAAACAUAAAUGGCAAAAUUUAGCUUUAAAGUAGAUCUAGUUUAAGAAAACGACAAACUUAUAACUUUGUAUAAGCUUUAAAAAAAUAAACAUUUCGCCGUUA